AUGGAUGAUGAUGAAAAAGAGAAAAACGAGCAGAAGAAGAUUGGAAAAAUGAAUAUACAUCAUCAAAUAAGACAACAGAUGCGUGAUAUGGAACGAAUGACACAUGGAAUGCUAAAUCCGUUUGGUUCAAUAUUCAAUAUGCACAGUCCGUUUGACAGUAUAAUGGGAGAACCAUCAGGAACACGACCAUCGCGUGAUUUGGCGCUAAUGGACCCAUUUGGCUUUAACUUCUGCGACGGCCUUAUGAGACAGAUGGAGAAUGUCCAGACACAGGCAAUGAAUGAUCCAAAUGCGCAUGUGUUUUCCCAUUCAACAAUGAUUAGCUUUGAUGGACGUAACGGUGGGCAACCUCGAGUAGUUGAAAAAACAAUUCGUAAAACUGGUGACGUGAAGGAAACACGACAUGCAAUUCGAACAGGUGAGGAUGGUAUAGGUGACAAGCUCACUAUUGGACAUACAAUAGGCGAUCGUACGCACGUGAUAGAAAAAAAACGUGAUCGUGAUGGUCGAAUCAGAGAACGACAAAGCUUUGUUAAUCUUGCACAAGAUGAAGCGGAAGCGUUUGAUCGUGAAUUUGCAUCUCGUGCUCGUCGUAAUCUGAUGGGUGGUAGAAGUGAUGGCCAGAGAAUUCGUGCGAUUGAUGGUGGCAAUAAGUAUGGUGGUACGACUUCAAGCAGUCGAACUCAUGCACCGCGCAUCGGUGGUAGUGGGACCAAUGCACCGAUUAUUACUCUUCCGGAUGAAGAGGAUGAUGGUGAUGUGACUGAGGAGGAUUAUGGCAGAGGAAAAAGAUCUAGUUCUCGUUUCGCGUCUGCUUCGGGUGGUCCGGUAAUUCGCGAGGUGACGGAUGAUGAAGAAGAUGAUGGUAAUAAUCAUAAACGACGAAAGGGUUUUUUUGGACGUCUGUUCAAAGAGAAUGAUGAAUGA